UAUCGACAGUUUGGCCAUCUCUACCGAAGCGUCGUGAAAAAAGCCGCAAAAUACACACAGACGACUUAAUUUUUGCAUUUCUAUCUUGAACAAAUUGCUGGGAAAAGUAUUUGCACGGCCCCAAGAUGAGUGGCGGCACCAUGCUCUACGGCGGGGAUGAGAUCGGAGCCUUGGUCUUCGACCCUGGGCACCAUUCCCUGCGUGUGGGCUACGCGCAGGAGGAUUCGCCAAAGGCGGAGAUUCCGUCUGUUGUGGGGAUUGGAGCUGCUCCAGAGACCAAUCUCGACCCAGAGACCAAAACGGACAACAAUGCGACGCCAAACAAUUCUGACCAGCGCAAGUAUUAUGUGGACACAAACUACGUAAAUGUGCCUCGUUCCCACAUGGAAGUGCAGACGUAUAUGAAGGACGGCAUGAUCGACAACUGGGACCUGUUUGAGAAGGUGAUUGAUUAUGCCUACGCCAAUGUUAUCCAGUCGGAGCCGGAGUACCAUCCCGUGCUCUUCUCAGAGGCCUCCUGGAAUGUGCGCAACAAUCGGGAGAAGCUCACGGAGCUAAUGUUCGAGAAGUACAACGUUCCAGCCUUCUUUCUGGUCAAAAACGCCGUGCUAGCCGCCUUCUCCAGCGGACGGGCCACUGCUUUGGUUGUUGACAGCGGAGCCACUCACACCUCAGCUGUGCCCGUUCACGAGGGCUAUGUACUGUCGCAGGCCGUGGUUAAGUCUCCACUGGGUGGCGACUUCCUCUCCCGGCAGUGCCGUCAGCAUCUAGAGAAGCACGGGAUUGAUCUGUCGCCGGUGUACAAGAUUGCUUCCAAAGAUGUGGUAAAGGAGCGCGACAAUGCUCGAUUUACGCUACGCAAACUGCCAGAAAACCUAACGCAAUCGUGGCAGAACUACAUGCUGCAGCUAAUGAUGCAGGACUUCCAGAUGAAUGUGCUGCAGGUGCUGGAGGGCCCUUUUGACGAACGUGUGGCUGCCCAGAUCCCAACGGUGCACUAUGAGUUCCCCAACGGCUAUCACCAGGACUUCAGUUCCGAGAGGUUUAAGAUAGCCGAGAGUCUGUUCGACAAUGCAAUGCUGGGAGCCGGCCAACUGGCGUCCACCAGCGUGGGCAUGUGUGAUGCCGAUGUACGCCUGUCUCUCUUCGGCUCGGUCGUGGUAACUGGUGGCAAUACUCUGCUGCAAGGUUUCCCUGAACGGCUAAAUCGCGAUCUGCAGCUACGUGCUCCCUCCAAUACGCGACUGAAAAUGAUCUCGGCCAACGGCAGCGUCGAGCGGAGAUUCGGUGCCUGGAUCGGCGGAUCCAUACUGGCAAGCAUAGGCACCUUCCAGCAAAUGUGGAUUUCGUCGCAGGAGUACGAAGAGGCCGGCAAGAGUCAGGUGGAGCGCAAGUGUCCGUAAAGCCAGCACCAGCGUGCGCGUUCGAAUUCCAAUUUUAAUUUUAAAGACGCAAAACUCUAUGUAAUUAUACAAUUGUCAACUUAUAAAUGUCAAACUGAA